AUGCCACGGCGGUCCUUUGAGUGCAGCGGCAAGCAUGAGACAAGACUUGAGCAGUGUACAGAAGCAUUGCUGGUCAUCUCCACAGAACAGUUGUUGAGCCGGGUGGACGGUGCGACUGCUUUCUUUCGGUACAAGGCUUCAUCCACCAGCGAUUUAGGGAUCUGCGAAGCUUUCUUGGAUGUCCCAGCCAGCCAUCGGCUGGAGAACCAGGUCUUCCCCUUCCGUCCGAGCACACUUCGGAGAUAUUACACACGAGAAGCGUUCCAACGUGGCGGUUGUAAUCCACAGCAAGCAUCCGGUUGGCGGAAAUUGCCUGCAGGCGCACGUCCAGCUGCAAGCUGCAGAUUCAUCAGUCGAGCGCCCGGGGUUCGCGCGUGCGGAGACGGGUCUAUCAAUGAUGCAUGUCGUCGAUAUUCGUUCCAAAAACAUGGUCAGCUGGACUUUGGACAAACUGAUCGGGCCGGUUUUGGAUGUGGAUGUGGAUGUGGAUGA